UUAAAAAAGGGAUUGGGGAAAAAUUGGAUUUCAAAAUUUUCCUUCGACCAAACCACCAAUAGCUUCCCGUUUGUACAUUUCGUCACCGUCGACCCUCGCCGUGGUAGUGGUCGGUGGAAAAUUUGUCCUUUUUCUUUCUAUUUUUUCCUAUCCCUCCUUUUGCUACCUUUUCCCCCAUCUAUCCUUCUUGAUUUACCCUAUCCUUUAAACCUCAUGGGCGUCCAUCUUCUUCGACCACUUUCGACCCGGUUUAUUGUCAGCUUUCAACGCAUUUUGAUGCGAUCUUUCGAUUUACGGUGUGUAAAGUUCGGUGGUCACACCGGCUUCGAGUGUUUACAACACACCUCCUUCUCUCUGUAUGCUUUUGUUGACAGUGUUGUUCGUGGUAAUCCUACGGACUUCUAUCAAUUUCUGGCUGAGAUCGGUGCGGCGCUUGUGGCUAGGCGAUGGGGUAUUACUUCAUUUCAUCUCCAGUGCUGCUUGGUUGGAAUUGCGGCGUCUAUUGUGGAAAUCAAAUUGGGUUGAUCGGGAAGAACUAUUGCGGCGGUGGUAGGAAUUUGGAACGUUCUUUGCUCCGUAUCAAACUUCGGCCAUUUGGUUGGGCUUUUUUAUGUUAGCUUGGGCGGCCCCUUUUUGUUCUGUUUAUAUUUGUUUGUGGGCCCUUGUUAUGUGAAUUAGUGUUGCAAUAAAAUUUUGUUCCCUACGAUCCAUCCAAAAAAAAAAAAAAAAAGAAAGAAACCAAAAUCGGAUUUCGUUUAAUUCCAAUUCCCACGUCCCACCUCCCCAAAAAAAAAAUAAACAGAGCGCCAAGUUACUGUUCACUGCUCCAUUCCACAUCACUCGAUCUUCUGAGAAAUCGAGAAAUGGCGGACGAUAUUCGUUUCUUCCAGUUGAAUAACGGAUCUAAGAUCCCCUCAGUAGGGUUAGGGACCUGGCAGUCGAGCCCUGGCCUCGUCGGAGACGCCGUGGCCGCGGCCAUCAAGGCAGGAUAUCGCCAUAUCGAUUGUGCUCAACGCUAUGGCAAUGAGAAGGAGAUUGGUUUGGUUCUGAAGAAGUUGUUUGAAGAUGGCGUGGUGAAGCGCGAGGAUUUGUUUAUUACCUCCAAACUCUGGUGUACAGAUCAUGCACCAGAAGAUGUAUUAGCGGCAAUGGACAGGACUUUGAGAGACUUGCAGCUUGAUUAUGUUGACUUGUAUCUGAUGCAUUGGCCAGUCCGGUUGAAGAGGGGGUCAGCAAGUUUUGAUCCUGAAAACCUGGUUCAACCAGAUAUCCCUUGCACUUGGAGAGCAAUGGAAACCCUCUACGAUUUGGGUAAGGCUCGAGCUAUUGGCGUGAGCAAUUUCUCUACGAAGAAACUGUCAGAUUUGCUGGAUGUGGCACAUAUUCCUCCAGCUGCUGUCCAAGUGGAGUGUCAUCCUUCGUGGCAGCAAGGCAAGCUACAUUCUUUCUGUAAAUCCAGGGGAGUUCAUUUACAGGGAUACUCACCACUGGGUUCUCCGGGCACAUCAUGGAUUAAAGGUGACGUCCUUCAGAAUCCAAUUCUUCUCAUGGUCGCAGAAAAACUAGGCAAAACUCCUGCACAAGUGGCUCUUCGGUGGGGACUGCAAAUGGGGCACAGUGUUCUUCCUAAGAGUACUAAUGAAACAAGGAUCAAGGAGAACUUCAAUGUCUUUGGCUGGUCUAUCCCGGAGGACUUGUUCACCAAGCUUUCUGAGAUUCAGCAGGCAAGAUUGGUUAGAGGGACUCAAUUUGUUCAUGAUACGUAUGGGGCCUACAGGACGCUUGAGGAAUUGUGGGACGGAGAAAUUUAGAAGUCCGGAUGAGUGCUUCAAUGGAAGACAAUCUUGAAGCAAUUUUUCAGUUUCUUCAAAGUAAAGAGUUUGGAUUUUUUCCGGCCUGUAUGAAUGUAGCGAAAUGAGUUUCGCCAAAUAUACACAAACAGAACCGGUUGCAAAGGCUAUUGUUCAAGAAUAAUACUUGGGGUGAGCUCAAGCUUAUGUUUACAUAUGGGCUCUUUUACAUUGAAUUUUUCGGUAUGCUCCUGUGUAAUAUAUACACUAGGAUUUUUGGUUGUUCAAAUUUGGCUCCUAUUAACUAAUGUCUGACGACCAAAAUCUUGUUGCCUAAUAAAAUCUUCGUUUGGAUGGUGCUA